AAUCCUAAAUUUGUUCUGCCCAACGGCCAAAGCAGAAACGAGUAAUCAAUCUUAUUCGGUUUCUCCACUCUCGAUAUCUGAUUACCCUUUCGUGCUUACAAUAAGAAGAAAGUAGCAAUUCAACUUCAAAAAUUCAACCUUUGCUUGGCCAUCCAUGCCCUUUCUCUUCAUUCAGUGUAGAGUAGAGACACCCAAUGUUCUUUUCCAACCUUAAAUCUAAUCAACCUCGGAACCAGCAACAACAGAAACAAAAUGGAGAAUGGUUAGCAGGAAGUUUCAAGCCAGAGAACUUCAUUCCAGGUCUUGUUGUAGGUUUCAUUUUUGGGUUGCUGUUAGAUUUAUCAAAGCGCCAUGGAAAUCACUUGCCCAAGAAAUCUUUCUCAUCUAGCAAGCAUCAGCAGCAACUCUCAGUCUCAAGCAGUGGCGGUCAAGAACUUAAAAUGGUUCUGGUUGUUAGGCAAGACCUAAAGAUGAAAUCUGGAAAGAUUGCAUCCCAAUGUGCUCACGCUGCCACUGGCAUGUACGCAGAAUUAAUGCAAAGCGAUCGUUCUCUUUUGAGACGAUGGGAACAGUGUGGCCAGCCCAAAAUUGUUGUGACUUGCAGGAAUCAACAGGAAAUGAAUAAACUAAAGGAAACAGCUGAAAGUAUUGGUCUUCCUACUUUUGUCGUUGCUGAUGCUGGACGAACACAGGUUUUGGCAGGAUCAAAGACUGUACUUGCUGUUGGACCUGGACCAAAAUCUUCUGUGGAUUCUGUGACUGGGAGGUUAGCCCUGCUUUGACAGCAUUCAAGCAGAGUGUUCUAAUAUGAUGAAUCACCUCCCAAGCUUGUUAUUCCUUAGCCCUUGAUCUUUGUUCUGGCGUGUUAUCUGGAAUUUAUAAUUUAUUGGCCGAUUAGUGUAUCCUAAUUCCGGCCUAUGUAACAAGGUUAAGGUGGUUUUGUAGUUCAUUGUGUUCAAUAGGACUAAUUCUUAAUUGGAACCCGUUUCCUUUUUAUACUUCUAAUUGCAUGAAUUUCACUAUCCUGGCUCCUGGGGUUGAAUGCAACACUUUCAUAU